AUGCUUCCAUAUGAAGGAACUCCCGCAUACAUGGCACCAGAGAUGAUCAUUCGAAAGUCUAGCACCAUUACUCUCCCCGCUCUUGAUGUGUGGGGAUUUGGCUGUCUUCUAUACUACAUGGCAUCUAGGAAGGACGCAUUUGUGUCUACCUCAUUGUAUUCUCUCUACCCGAAAAUAGUUAGUUGCAAAAUAGACUACACUGGUAUUCCGCUGGACAUACAGCACAUAUGUAAGAAGAUAUUCAUUGCCUGUCCAGAGAGCAGAAUUGGUAUAGCCGAUCUCAUUACACUGAUUAAAGAGAAAAUUUCAUUGUGUACAUAG